AUGAAAAAUGAUUUAGUCAACUCAUGGCUUGAAGAAGAUUAUAGAGAGAACGAAAACCUAAUAAAUAUGAAGGCUAUAUCCAUUAGUAUUCCUGAAUCUCCUCAUAUCAAUAAAAUUCUUAUUCCAGAGUUUGAAAUUGGUGGAAAAACAAAAACAGGCAAAAGAUUGAAUACUAUAUCUACUCCUACAAUUCCACAAGAUCAAAUAAAUCUACUCAUAAAUCUUAAAUCAGAAAAUGAACAACUUUUAAUGCAAAUCAAAGAAAUAUCCAAGAAAAUUGACAAAAUAAUUCCUAAAAAUAACGAACUAAAAGAUGCAAUAUAUAAUACAAAGAAAAAUCUGAAAGCUAUUCUUAGCGCAACAGAUGAAAAAGAAAAGUUACACUUAAUUAAGAUGGAGAAUGAGAGGAAACUUGAAGCCCAAGCCCAAAAAGAAAAGAAUAGAAGUAAAAACGCUCAAACUGCAAUCUUUGAGAAAAUGAUUAAGCUCAAAGCCGAAUCAGAGCGACUUACACAGCAAGAAAUUGCUCUAGAAGAAGAGGCUAAAAAGUUUAAGAAAGCAAAAACAGAAGAACGCGCAAUACUUAAGCGAAAAAUUCAACUUGCCAAACAAUUAAAUGAUGUCUUAACUCAAAAGAGAUCUGAGAUCGAGAAAUCAAUGAUAACUCCCCACUAA